ACAAAAUAUUUGAUGUUUUGUUGAAAAAUCAAAUUUCGGCUGAUGCGAUCACCGAAAGCCACGAGGCGGCCAUUUUUUUUGUUUUCCUUUUUAACUGGAAUUUUAUUUCCAACUGGACUUUUGCAUAAAUCUAAUAAGAUUGUAUUGUUUACAUACUACUUCACAGUAGUAACCGGUGCUUUGCACGGUGGAGGCAGGAAGCCGUCAGGUUGGAAAAACCGAAAUUAAGGCAGGAAGCCGUUAGGUUGGAGAAACCGUAACCGAGGCAGGAAGCCGUCAGGUUGAAAAAAAAAACCGAAAUCAAGAUAGGAAGCCGCGAAGUUGGAAAACCGAACCGAGGAGAGUACGAAUGGAUUGAAAUAUACAACAGAAACUGAGUCCUUUGAACAAAAUGGAAAAGUGGGAGAUUCCACAAUUCAAAUUCAGAUCGAUUCCGAACAGUAUUAUCAGAGAUGAGUGGGUGAAAUAUAAGCGGAAUUUCCAGUACAUCGCGGCGGCAAAUGAAGAGAAAAAUGCGACCCGGCUCAAGAAUGUGUUUCUGGCAAAAGCUGGACCAGAUGUCCAGGAAGUUUUCGCUUCGCUUCCGGGGGCUGAUGUGGAGGAGGAUAAAGCCAAGAAUAUUGACCCGUUCAAAGUGGCCAUCGAGAAGCUUGAUGAAUACUUCUCGCCGAAGCAGCACGAGGCGUUUGAGCGGAACACUUUCUGGAACCUGAAACCUCAAGAUGAGGAAACCAUGGAGAAGUUUCUGUGGCGGACGCUAGAAGUAGCUCAGAAGUGUAAUUUCGGCACCACGUUGGAAGAAAGCCGUUCAAUCGCUGUUAUUGACAAAGUGAUCCUGUACGCUCCGGUCGAACUGAAACAACAAUUGCUGCAGAAGGAAAAACUCACGCUGGACGAUGUUACUCGAGUGGUCAGUUCGUACGAAUCUGUGAAAAAACAGUCGAUGCUGAUGGAAGGCAAAUCGGGAUCAACUCCUGCAUACAGCGAGCACGGAGGCGGUGGCGGUCAGAAGAGUGAACUUUUCAACGUCCAGAGCUCCUCAAGAGGACCACCCACCACGGGUGAAUGUUACCGGUGUGGCCAUAAAGAUCAUUAUGGAAAUGAUCCGAGGUGUCCGGCACGAUCCGUUCAGUGCACCAGGUGCAAGAGGUAUGGUCAUUUUCGAAACGGUGCAAAACUGAGUUCGGCCGGCGACCAACACAUCCGCAAUCACAGAACGUGGUUCCCGCCAAGCGGCCGGGCGGUGGAAGACAACACGAGUGACCCUGACGAAAAUACAAGCUUCGUCUACAACAUCAGCGAUGGAGAUGAGUUUAUUUGGGUUAAAGUUGGAGGUGUUCUUAUCCAGAUGCUCAUCGAUUCCGGAAGUGCUAAGAAUAUUCUGGAUGAUCGAGCCUGGGAGCACCUGCGAGUACAAGGAGCGGUGACAACAAACUUCCGAACCGAUUGUGAUCAGAUUUUCCGAGCGUACGGACGGGAAUCAGCUCCUCUGAAGAUCGUUUGCGUUUUCGAAGCGGAUAUUGCAAUAGAUGGAGCAGCCGACCGGAUUGAAGGAAGCGAUACGUUCUAUGUGGUUGAAGGUGGAACGCAACCGUUGUUGGGCAGAACGACGGCGAAGAAACUGGGAGUUUUGAAGAUCGGCGAGUAG